UUUCACUUGACAGGCGAAACACGAAAAUAAAAUUAUUUUGCUUUGGUCAAAAUCAAAAGUAUUGGUAAAAACCAUAUGAAAGUGAUGCUGUGCAUUUCCACAGUAGGUUAAAAUCUACUCGUGCCCGUUCCAAAACGUUGUGUGGAGAGAACCUUCACCAUGAAAAACGUAGACGAAUAUGCCUUCGCACCAUUAAAGGUGACUGAAGUUAGUUUCCGCGGGGUUGAGGUUCCAGCUCCUCGGAGUGGUCACAGGAUUGUUUGUGAUCAGAACAAGAUGUACUGUUUUGGAGGAUACAACCCGACGCUGCCAGAGACUCCCAGAAACAGUCCGGACAGGACGCAAGCUCUCCCUCUGUUCAAGGAAAUGUGGACCUUCAACAUCACCACCCGCCGCUGGAAGCUACAUAGAAACAUAGAAAAUAUGCCGAGCGAACUGGCGUCCAAUGCCAUGAUCCUGUAUGGCGGCAAAUAUAUUAUGAUCUUUGGAGGAACAGGGGCACCAUUUGGCCACAAGUGCAGUAAUGAUCUCUAUGUGUGGUGCACAGACCCACCAGACGAUAAGGUGUUUAAAGCUGAAGCCCUCGGUGUGAAGCCCCCUGGAGCCUACGGACAAGCCAUCACAUGCUACAAAGGACACAUGUACACUGUUGGAGGCACUAAUGGUUUUGCAUACAAUAGUGACAUAUUUAGGCUGGAUCUACGGACGUACACCUGGGAUCAAGUAUUCAUUGCCACUGGACAUGAAUACGAGCCUAUGGGACGGUACCGGCACGAAGUGGUGAAAGUCGAUAACAAGCUGCACGUGCUGGGCGGAGGCACUGGGGACUGGGCCUUCGAGCUCAUGGACAUACCCGUCUUUGACCUGGACACAGCAAAGUGGUCACGCUUAGAGGCCAAGGCAGACACCAGUAUGUCAGAACCCUUAGCUCCGUUGGCGAGGAAGUGCCACAGCGCAGUACAAAUAGACACUCCAGGUGGAACCGAGGUCUUUGUGGUUGGGGGCACCGAUGGAGUUGGAGUUUUUGAUGACAUAUGGAAGUUGAAUAUGAAAACUUUACAAUGGACUGUCAUUAGGGAUGCUUAUCUGCCACACGGCUUGUACUUCCAUUCAGCAGCGGUGACCCCUCAGGGAUGCAUGUAUGUGUUUGGCGGUAUUUGCCCGAGGGAUCCAUCUAAUAGCCGAACCAACACACUGUUUAAGAUGUGGGUGACAAUACCAAAGUUGAAUGAGAUGUGUUGGGAGGCUCUCUUGCAUUACUAUCCGAAUUUGGAGAAGGCGAACCGCGCCCACCUCCGCUCUCUGGGUAUCCCCUGUCAUUUCUUGGAUCGUCUUGAACAAUAGCGAACAGUUACUACUUUAACAUAUUAUUAUGUAUAAAGUUAUCUUGAGCUCACGGUGAUGCAACCUCUAAACAGACAUUGCUAUGGUUAACUCUAGUCAUUUAAAAGUUUAAAUAAAAAACAUAAUAAUAAUUAUAUUAUACACCUUUGUAAACAUUUAAUUGCAUUUAAGGAAUAGCAUUCUAUUCCUACCAUUUUUGCAUUUUAUUUACAUAUCAUGCUUGUCUCUUAUAUACAAUCAAGGACAUUGUUAUACUGUAUAUAAAUAAAAUAUUGCUGUUAGAAUUUACUUAGUUCCCUUUUUGCCCUAAUAGAUUUUCAUGUAAUGAAAUUAAAGUAGGUAAAGAUUGAAAAUAUAGGGUGUUGUAUCACCGUAGGUAGCAUUUUGAUGUCCCCAUGAAUUAUACAUGUUGUAACUGUGUAGUAGGUACCCAACCCUAUAUAGUGUAUUUUUCUGACUGGUGAUUCUUUUCCAAGGAAAGGUGUAUAUUCUAUAUGCUCAUAAUUAUGUGUUUAAUUAUUAAAUUAUGAAAUAAAUGGAUAUCUAUAUGUGUAAUAUAA